AGAAGGGAAGACAAGUCCUCAUCAAUCCAAUUCAUUCUACUGCACAUUAUUCCAGAACCUUCCCGUGGGCGCGUCUUCUUCCCUUAAAUCCACCUUCCCAACUCCAUCUCCAGCUCCAUUAUCUCUCUCUCUCUCUCUCUCUCUCUCUCUUUCUGAAUUUUCUGCAAUUUCUGUUAAUGGCGUCUGAAACAGAGGCACUUGAAACAUCCUUUCUAGAGCGUCUUAUAAGCUCGCGAAACAGAGACCUCUCUCUGUUUAUCCCCUUCAUCUUGGGCCUCGCGAACCCAUCCGCCCCAAGACAAAGCGAGAACGACCCAGAUGAAGAAACAGAUGAUAGAGCUAGCCCAGUUGAACGGAUCAUCCUCAUCAACCCUUUCACCCAAGGUAUGAUCGUGAUCGAAGGUUCUUCCACCAUGGAUGCUCUGCUUCGCGAGCUGCAGGGCAAGGAGGGGCAGCCGCCUGCAUCCAAAUCCUCCAUCGAGUCCUUGCCGGAGGUGGAGGUCGCGGAGGCGGACGCGGAGUGCGUGAUAUGUUUGGAGGAGUGGGAGAUUGGGGGAAAGGCCAAGGAGAUGCCUUGCAAGCACAGGUUUCACGCGAAUUGCAUAGGGAAGUGGUUGCAGAUCCAUGGGUCUUGCCCUGUUUGCAGAUACAAGAUGCCUGUCGACGAAGAAGACGCGGGCAAGAAGGGAGACGGGGAUGUCAGUGAUGGCGGUGACGAUGAAGGCAGAGGGAGGAGGGGGGUUCAGAGGGAAAUUUGGGUGAGUUUUUCCUUCAAUGGCAGUAGCAGAAGAGGGGACUCAAAUCAUGGUUCUUCCGAUGAUUCCAAUGAUUCAAGUCCAUAAUUUCUUACGAUUAGCUGAGGGUUUAGAGGGAUUUGUAAGAAAAUUUUCCCCUUUCUUGAAUAAUCUGUACAGCGAAGUAUUGUAAUUUUUUUUGCUAUUGUGUCAAAUAAGAAAGCUGUUUCUUCUCCCAGUAA